CAUCGCCCAUCUACUUCCCUAGUAGUCCUCUCCGACCAAACAAUCCACCCCCACCCACCGGGAAACCUUAAAACCGAACCAAUUUUCAGCGCUACAGCAAUUGACUUAUCCACCAAAAGGGAUUGGAAGAAAAACACACCAACAAUGCCAUCAAAGCGCUCCACCGCGGCGGCCUCCCCAGCCGCCUCAUCAUCCCCAUCAACAACAGCGACAACGACAACGACGACAGCCGCAUCCACCAAACUCUCCUCCGGUCCCAAAACCCUCUCCGCCAAUUCCUCUGCUUUUGAGAUCGCGCAGCAUGUCUGGCAGCAGUACCUGACGUCCACGCCGCAGCGCACGAAAAUGCUGGAUGCGUUUAUGGGCUUCCUGGCGCUGAUUGGGGCCGUGCAGUUCUUGUAUUGUGUUCUUGCGGGGAAUUAUCCCUUCAACGCCUUUCUGAGCGGCUUCUCCGCCUCCGUCGGCCAAUUCGUCCUCACUGCCAGCUUGCGCAUGCAGACCACUAACGGUGGUCCCGGGUCCGGCUCCGCAUCGAGUGGGAAGACAGCAGGGAAGGGGAAGAGUGGAGGCAAGUUUAUGAAUGAGAGUGGGGAGGAAAGCAUUUCGCAUGAACGGGCCUUUGCUGAUUUCGUCUUCGGGAGCUUGAUUCUGCACUUCUUCUGUAUUAACUUUAUCAACUAGUGGGAUUGCUUCUGUUCGUCCCUGGUGGAUGUCGGUGUGUCUUACUCUCUGCUCUGGGGUUAGGGAUGGAUGGACGGCCUGGUUUGGUUUGGCUCUAUCUUUAUACCUCCUGGCCGGAUUGUCGGACUAUGAAUCGUCUCGUCUUGUGCGGAAUUGAAUGUUUGCCAUUUGACUUACAUGCUAUUUGUAUACCUAGUUUUGAAGCGAAUAUCUGUUUGUCUAACUGUCUGUGUAUCUAUGUAUUCAUCAGUAGAGCUCAUUGCGGUUCGCACUCGAGACUGCCUUUUUUAUGCUAUAUUGAAUGUCUAGACAACCACUGCGG